CCCGGAGCCGCCGGAGAGGAGAGGGAGGGCGCCGGGCCGGCGUCCUCCCCCAGCAGCGGCGCCCCGUCCUUGGCCAGCCUGCAGGCUCAGGCGGCCCACCAACAGGCGGCCCUGUCGCUGGCCCAGCACACGAGCAUCAUGCACCAGCAGGCUCUGGUGGCGGCCCACCAGGCGCAGCAGGCGCGCAUCCACGAGGACCAGCGGCGGAUACUGGAGCAUCGGCACCAGCAGCAGCAGCAGCAGAUAGCGGCCGACACGCGGCGGCUGCAUGAACAGCAGCAGCAGCAGCAGCAGCGGAUGCACGAGCAGCAGAGAGUGCAGCCCGUGCAGCCGCAGGUGCAGAGGGCGCCCAUGAACCAGGCGCCGCGGCCGUCUGCCUUCUACUCGCAGCCCCCCAUCAAGGUGCCGAGGAGAUCUCCUGGAGGAAGGUCGCCCAUCGCGGCGACGACGCUGCCCGGCCACGGCCGGCUGGACGUCAAGAACGAGAGCAAGCCGGCGUCGUCCGGCGCGCCGCCCCGCGCGUCUCCGGGCCCCGCCUCCAGCGCCUCCAGCCAAGGGCCGUCCCCCGGCCCGGGGUCGGGCCCAGGUUCUGCCCCUAGUCCGUCGGCGCUCCACGGAGCCCACCCACACUCGCUGGCCCACCACAGCCUGCCGCAAGGCCUGCCCGGCAUGCUGCCCGGGCUCCCCAAGGCCGAGCCCAACUUCUCCAUGUAUGGCUACAGCACCAACUACCUGCCGCCGGCCGGCUUCAGCCUACACGACCACCACGCCCUGGCGGCCAAGCGGCAGCAGCAGCAGCAGCACGGCAUGGUGGCCGACAGCAAGGCCGGUACAGUCAUCGUCAAGAACGAAGCCAAGAGCCCCCGGCCGCCGGCCAGCUCGCCCCUGCCCUACCGGGUGCCGGCACCCGCGCCUUCUAGUCAGCCCUCCCCCGCCGCCCACGGCGGCAACCACCCCCACGCCUCGCCCCUGUCGGCGCCCUCCUUGUCGUCAGGGUCCGCGGGGCGGCAACCCGGCCAGGCCUCCGAGCCGCUGUCGCAGCUGCCGCCGCUACCGCGCGGCUUCUCCAGCAAGCAGAGCGGCGUGUCGGGGCCGGCGUACUCCGUCACGUCGUUCCUGCAGCAGCCGCAGCAGGCUGGGCUCCAGAACCUGCCGGGCUACAACACGUCGCCGGCGCCCAUUUCGCGGCACAAGACCACCACCAGCCCGGCGCCCUCCACGUUCUACGGCAAGCCGCACAAGCCCGUGGAGCCCGGCGCGAUGGGCCGGCCGGCCAGCCCCAGCGACACCAAGCCCAUCGCGCUCACCACCAAGGCGCCCACCUUGCCGCAGUCACCGUACCAGCCCCUCCCGGUGCCGCUGUCCGAGCCCAGGGCUUUCAUCCCCGCGGACAAGGCGGCGCAGUACAGCCACCCGCACUCGUCGCAGCCCGCGCACAAGCCGCCCACGCCGCACCACGGCGCCUCCACGCCCGGACAGUCGCCCGGACUGCCCAUGCCCGCGCCCAGCCCGCGGUCGUCGGCGUCCGCGUCACCGCUGCAGGUGCAGACGCAGCCGCUGGACCUGGUGUCGGACAAGAGCCACAGCCAGCCGCCCAGCUCGCCCAACAAGCGGCGGAGUCCGUUCCAGCCGCCGGUGGCGGACAACAAGAAACCCCGUCUGGACCACCCGGCGCUGCUGCCACCGCACCCUCCGCACGGCGUGGCCGCGCAGCACCCGCUGCCGCUGCAGCACCAGCAGCACCUGCAGCCGCACCACCUCCAGAGCGUCAUGCUGGGCCACGGCCUCGGCCACGGCCUCGGCGUGCCGCACUUCCUGGGCCAGCCCAUGCAGCACCCUGCGGUGGGCGCCAUGGCGGCGCUGGCGCCGCCGGCGCAGCACCGCGUCAGCCCCAUGAGCCCGCCCAGCAACCCCAGGGCCAGUCCCGUCAGCCCGGGCCACACUCGGGCCAGUCCGUCCAGGAUGAGCCCGCUGCAGCAAGCGCAGCAGGCACAGCACCAAGCGCAGGGACUCCACCUGCAGCCGCAGCACAUGCAGCCGCAGCACAGCCCGCGCGCCAGCCCGCUGCCCGGCGGCCACCGCCACAGCCCGAACCCGCUGCAGUGCAACGCGCCCACCACGUUGCUGACGACGCGCAGCCCACCACCAGUGCCUGUGCCCGUGCCCAUCAGGGUGCCGUCCACGGGGCCCGGGCCUGGGCCGGGACAUGGACCCGGACCCGGUCCUGGACCCAGUCCUGGACCAGGAGCGCCUCCCGCAGGCCCUCCCGCGGCUAGUGUUACCAGUGCUCCUAGUGUUUCACCUUCACCUCUGCCGUCGCCACUCCCUUUUCAGUCUCUCGGGGCGCCCCCUGCUAGUCCGAUGAGGCCGCCGUCAGCCGGCCGCGCCAGCCCCUCGUCCUUCCCGCCCGCGCCCAUGCCUGUGCUUUCACCCGCCCUGAGAGACGUCGCGCCCACCGCAUCGCCCACGCCGCCC